AUGGGAGACUGGAAUUUCCUUGGUGGCAUUUUGGAGGAAGUCCACAUUCACUCCACUAUUAUUGGAAAGAUCUGGCUAACUAUCCUAUUCGUAUUUCGAAUGCUUGUCCUUGGAGUGGCAGCCGAAGAUGUCUGGAACGAUGAGCAGUCAGAAUUCAUUUGCAAUACCGAGCAACCUGGCUGCAGAAAUGUUUGCUAUGAUGAGGCCUUUCCUAUCUCUCUCAUAAGAUACUGGGUCUUGCAAGUUAUAUUUGUAUCUUCACCUUCUUUGGUAUAUAUGGGCCAUGCCUUAUACAGACUAAGAGCAUUAGAAAAGGAGAGGCAAAAGAAGAAGGCACAGGUCAGACUGGAACUCGAAGGUGUUGAAUUAGAAAUGACUGAAAUUCGAAAAAGACUGGAGAGCGAGCUUCAUGAACUGGGCCAAAGAAAGCUAAACAAAGCACCCCUAAGAGGCUCCUUGCUUGGCACAUAUGUGAUGCAUAUUUUUACUAGAUCAGCAUUUGAAGUUGGGUUUAUGAUUGGGCAGUAUCUUCUUUAUGGGUUUCAGCUUGAUCCCCUCUACAAGUGCCAGAGAGAUCCGUGUCCAAACACAGUUGAUUGUUUUGUGUCGAGGCCAACGGAGAAGACUGUGUUCAUAUUAUUUAUGCAGUCGAUAGCAACUGUGUCGCUCUGUUUAAACAUAUUGGAAAUUAUCCACCUAGGGUUCAAAAAAGUUAAGGAAGGGCUUUGUGGGCAGGAUGACAUUGAUGACUUCUACGUAAGGAAAUCGAAGGCAAACUCCGUAGUACCCCGGUCUUCCAUGGGAACCUCUUCAACUCCACAAAAAACACUUCCUUCUGCACUCAGCGAUUACACCUUGCUGAUGGAAAAGCCUCCUGACGCAGCGGUCUAUCCCGUUUUAAAUCCACCUUCUGUGUUCCAGUCUAUUCAAAACAGCCAGACAGAGAGUAGUGAUAAUUGUUUCCUGAUUGAACAAAAAAAUAAACUCUCAGAAGGGAUGCAGACUUCUAAUGCUGGCAACAGUCAGCCUGGCAAGACUAGCUCGAAUGAUAAUGAAACUUUAAUUAAAGUAUUUGAGUCAGAAAGCAAUUAUAUUCAGAAACCAGAUGAAGACAAACAUUUCCCCAAUGGUACUUUUUGUGGUCGUAUAGAUGCUGCUAGAGGGACGUGCUCAAACAGCCUUGUUGACCUGCCACCUGGGUGUUCGCUGCAAUCUGACAUUGUGUCCGUUGCUUCAGCGGACGGCCUGGCCAAGCCAGGUGAAAAUCCUUCCUUGUGGAGCUUCUCUGCCGUGUUUGCGAGUGUGGGGUCUCCAGCAAAUUCUCCCGCGGGCAAGAACGGGAAACAACCUAGUUUCAGUGGAAGCAAAGCCCUGCCUGUUUGCAAGAUGGGCUGCAAAACAUCCAGCAGACCGGACACUCCUGAUUCUCUGGGCAAGAUGAGCUCGGACUCCAAACAGCACAAGGACUACGAUAAUCCUCAGGCUCUCUCCCUCUCUCGGCAAAUGUCCGUGGCAAGGAACACCAGCAGCAGGCAUUCUCCUACCGAUCUCCAAAUCUAAGUGAC